UCUGCUCCAGAAAGCUCUGACCUCUCUCUUCUUUCUCUCCCCUUCUGACCUAGUUUCUUCACGUUUUCGGCGGCCAUGGCCCCGCCGGAGCCGGCGAACUAGGCUCAACUCUUCGACGUGGGUGAGGGCAACCGCCUUCACUAUGUCGCUCCACAUCUGGUCAAUGGCGAGCUUGUGAUUCCUAUGGAGGUUCGCGAUGAAGGAGUAUUUCAUGGUUCAAUGCUUUGGUUGGUCAAUUCCUUUCAACGGAGCCUCUAAUUGUUAUGAUUCGUCGAUGGGCUCAACGCUUCUGGGGUAGGGAUGGUCGCGUUUUUGUCUCAGUUUUUGGUACGAAUAUGUACCUGUUUCAAUUUGAAAAUGGUGAAUCGAGUACUUGGAUGUUUGAGAACGAAGCUUGGCAUUGUGAGAAUAUUCCUUUGCUCAUUCGUAAGUGGUUUCCUGGGAUUCAAUCGGUGAAGCUGGAUAAUUCUAAGCUUCCAAUCUGGCUUAGGAUCAGAGAACCACCGGUAGAGUAAAUGACGGUGGAGGGUCUGAUUCAAGUUGUGAGUCUUUUGGGUACACCUCUGUGGAUGGAUCAAGCCACCAAACUAGGAGCUUAGAUGUGUACAACAAAGUUAUGCAUUAAAAUGGCAGCGGAUUCUCUUUUCCCAACUGAGAUCCGGAUUAGUCCAGAAGGUGAGGAGAGAUUGAAUUUGUUUGUUCAUUAUUUUAACAUACUGGCUCGUUGUGAGCAGGGUGCUGAGUUUGGUCAUGAUAUGGGUGUUGGGUUGGAGUGUGGAGCAACACAACAAGCACAAUUGGUUGUGGUUGAUCCAAUGGUGGAAGUUGAUAAGGGUAAAGCAGUGGUUGAUGACAUACCUUCUUCGUCUGGUAAUUCAGAUGGAGAUCUGGCAGUAACAACGGAGGCUCAGAAUAGCUCAGAGGCUCAGGCUAGUUCAAAAGUUCAGACUAUCUCAGGGGGGCUAAGGAGGGUGCUAUCUCUUCGACUCCAGUGAGAAAUGAACUACUGGAUGCAGAUGGGUUUCAGUUGGUUGUUAGGAAGGGAAAGAAUGUCUCUGUAGGAAGGGAUCCAGGUGGUAGUGUGAGGAUUCCGGUGUUAGCAGCUCAGUCUCGAGUGCCUUUGAAUAAUAAGAGUAUUGAGUU